AUGCCUCGCCUUGGUGACGACGAUGGAGACGAGUAUCGCGAACAAGCCGAGGAGCUGUUGGAGGAGGGCGAGAAGCAUGCCAAAAGGCUCUUCGCUGGCUUCGUGGACUUUGCGUUCUCAGGCAACAUUCUUGAAAUUGCUUUCGGUUUGAUUCUCGCAUCAGCAUUCACGGCGCUGACCACUUCGUUUGUGACUGACAUCAUCCUGCCGCCUCUGUCGGUGAUAUUACCGCUGAACCGGAACCUGGACGAGAAGUUUGCCGUACUUCAAAAGGGCCCUAACUUUGGUGAACUGGACGGUUACACGACACUUGCGAUAGCUCAGGAAGAUGGCGCAGUCGUUCUGGCUUACGGUCUAUUUCUCAACAAGUGCUUUAACUUCCUAGGCAUGGGGCUUUCCCUGUAUGGGCUCGCAGUCAUCUACGAGUACCUAUCCCACGAUGCGAUCAUUAAGCAUACCGUUAAGUGCCGGUACUGUAGGAAACAAAUCAAUAUUAAGUCCCAACGAUGUGUGAACUGCACGAGCUGGCUAGAUGGUCGCGAGGAAACGAAUCGGCUGCAGCGGGAGAAUGUGGCGCGCCAGUAG